AGUAUUCAGAAGCUGAAAGGAUUGGGAACCGUGGGACAGCAUGGUUGGCUGGCUCAUGCCCUGGAGCCUGCUGAUAUCUCUCCAUCUCUGCUCAUGGCAGUUGGCAGGUUCCCAAGUUGCUCCAAAAGUUUUUAGCGUCAAUCCUAACUAUGGAAGCCAGAAUGGAGCAACAAGGCUGACAAUCAAAGGGCAAGGAUUCUCAGUGGGGCAUCAAUUUGACUUUGGAGCAGAAGAUGAAAGGUUGGGCAACAACGUGCAGCUGGUAUCGGAUACCAGGUCCAUCCCCUGCGAUGUGGAGAGGGAAUCCAGCCAUGAAACACAGAUUAUCUGUUACACCAGGCCCCUUCCAAAUGACGACUAUGUUGUUGUAGUGAGUGUGGAUGGGAUUCCUAUUGUUAACCAAUGGAGAUACUUUCAUGCACGCAGCUACCGCACGCCAACCAUUGAGGACAUUUCACCAAUGUCUGGAUUUCCAGGCCAACUGAUUACUAUCAAAGGGAAAAUUUUCACUGAUGUCUACGGCAGUAAUAAACCAAUGGAUUCCAGUCACAGCAACAUCAAGAUUGUAAGAGUCUAUGCUGGAGGAAAGCUCUGUGAUUUAGUUCAUCCGGACUCCGAUAACUUGUAUGGUUUGAAACUUAACUACAGGGAUAAAGGCACUAUGACCUGCAGAAUGACUGGCACAUACAUAGGCCACCAUAAUAUGAGCUUCAUUUUGAAUAAUGGCUAUGGAAGGUCUCUACCUCGUGCAGAAGCUUAUUUUGUUUCCUCGCUCAAUAAACUCAGCAUGUUCCAAACCUACGCAGAGAUGACUGGCAUCUACCCAUCUGAAGGGAGUGUGGAAGGAGGCACUCUGCUGACAGUGAAAGGGAGGUUCUUUGAUGAAACAGAUGCCCCAGCCAAAGUUACUGUGGCAGAUCAAACCUGUGAGAUUCUCAGGCUCAACGCAAGUCAAAUAAUCUGCCAGGUGCCAAAAGAAAGCAAUUUUUCCAGAACAGUUUUCCCAGGAGGAAGAGGUUUGAAGGUGGAAACUUGGAAGGGUGGUACCCUGAGUGACUUGCCAAACUACAAUGAAAGUACUGUGGGAUACUCAGCAUCAUGGGUUGAUGAGGCCUUUUAUAAACCCUCCACAAUAUGGAGUCCAUCUGUUACCCGUCUUAGUGGAUUCUUUGUUGCUCCAGAGACCGACGAUUACCGUUUCUACAUCAGAGGGAACGGUGUAUACAAACUUUACCUUAGCUUAACCGGGCAUCCUCAGGAUAAGGCUAAAGUUGCCUAUGGCUCCAGGGAGACCUGGAGUUACACAAGCUACUCCAGCCAGUCCUCUGAUAUACUGCAACUCGAAAAAAAGAAAGAAUAUUACAUGGAAGUGCUCCUGCAGGAAACCACAUCAUCAUCCUUUGUAUCUGUUGGUGUGUACCGCAACAGUACCUCUUACACCGAGCAGCAGACAGCAGACUCCAUCAAUGAACAGCAGUACAUCAGGUCAUUCUCCCAGGUUGUCUACGAGAAGCAGAUUGUAACCUUGGAGAACUGGACAAUAGGAAGUGCGGUCAGUGAAGUUCAGCAGGUCACCAUCACCAGUCCAUGCUGGGACUCUGACUCCUGCUCAUUCCACUGGUAUAGGCUCAUCUACAACCAGGAGCACACAGGGCUUCUUCCCGCAGACGCUUCAGGCGUACAGAUUGAGCAGGUUUUAAAUGAUCUGUGGUCGAUUAAACCUGAUACAGUGAAAGUGUCAAGCACAGCAAUCAGCCAAGGCUUUGCCCACACAGUGGCUUUCAUCUCCACAAGAGGGGAUUUUGAUUUACUCCAGCACGAGGCAUUGGGCGGAAGCAACAUCACCAUCGAAGUGGUGGAACAGGUCAAGGGGAGACCCAGUAUGGACACUUUCUCACUGAGGCUGGACGGGAUCAAUUCCAGGCCCCUUCCAAGUGCAGCUACUGCUGAUGAGGUAAAAGCUGUGUUAGAAGAACUGGUGGGUGUGAAAUGUCCUGAACACAUCGCUGGCUAUAGCAGUGGAUAUGCAGUCAAGUACUUCAAUGAUUUUGAAGACUGGGGCUACAGCUAUUACAGUGGCCAGGUGACGGUGGAGACUGAUGCCUUCUGUGGACGACACUCUGUCAAAAACCCCAGUUAUCUGUAUGGCUUUGCUGAAACCCAUCGGUCUUUCCUAUUAGACACCUACAAGCAGCUUUGCUUUGCAUACAAAGGAAUCUUGGAAAAUUCUAUUUGGCUCUCAAUGAGUUAUGAAGAAGAAAGCAAAACACUGACCAAGUCUUUUUGGGUAUCGUACAGUUUUGCUGAAGGGAAUCAGUGGACCUAUACCUGCAUCAAUUUGCUUACGUCUGUACAAGCCAUGUUUCCGAAAGGGAGCAACUUCUUGCUGGAAAAAAUCUAUGUGUGGAAGAAAUCAGCCCACGAUUUAUUUGUGGAUACUGUUUACAUCGGGCAACAUGCUACAACCAGUGGUCAAGAAGAUGUUCCGAUGAGAACACUCCCACCACUGAUUACCAGAGGGAUUAUUAUUCAGAAGUUCAUCGUCACAGAGAAUAGAAACAUGAAUGACAGUUCAUCUGUUGAAUAUGAGAUAACUAUGGUUCCCUUCAACUGUAGCUUCAACUUUCCUUUGCUAGAGAUUGGCUUUGCUCAGGUGAGUUCGAUGUGGACCCCAUGGGAACCACAAAGCUCGGCGCACACCAUUGUUACUUACCUCACCAACACCGGGUUGCAGGUAGUUCAGACACAGCAGGAACACCUCCCAGAACUGCUGCCUCUGAUAGAUAAAGGGAACAUCAUCACCUGCAGGGACCCCACCUCCUCACCACCAACCCAAAUUGCAUUCAACAGCUCUAAGGACAUGGCUGUCUACAGGGGAUCCACCUGGCCCAGCGGGUCCAUUAUAAGAGUGUGGAGAAGAGAGGCGGCAUCUCCUCCCAUCACUGGCACCAUGGACAUUCAGGCCUACGGUCAGCUGCUGAAGGGAUUGCCAGUCGAUAUUUCUACCCUGGAAAUGCAGUACAGUUUGCAAAGCAUUCCUGAGAUUGGGACUGUGGCUGUGUGGGGGACAGGCAGCUGCUCGAGGUACCUGUGGAGGGUGACGUGGCUGAACAAGGUUGGAAAUCAGCCCAUGCUCCAGGUUAAUGAUUCAAAUGUUCACGGCAUCAAUGCAGGAAUUUCAGUCACUGAGAAUAAGCGUGGAGGUCAGUUUAGUCAACGCCUGAUUGGAGACCUGUUCCGCACACCACACAUUCUGCCCCAGGUUCAGGUUUUCAUCAACGGCAUUCCCAGCAAAUGCUCUGGGGAUUGUGGAUAUAGAUGGACUUCUGCGAAAACCCCUGUCAUUACAGGCAUCAGCCCCAGCAGAGAGGAGUCUGGCAUUGCGGUCAUGACCAGAUCACUGGAGCAGACUCAAGGGGCUGAAUACACUACUCCUGCCAUGUUUCCUCUUAUUAUGUUCCAACUACAGGUUCAUCAUGUUCUACCAUGGGCACAGCCACCUCAAGCCUGCAGUGACUAUGACCAAAGUGUAAUUUUGCCCUUUGCUCCUGCAGGUUCCUCUGUUUCAGGCACAGUCCUGACUAUAUCAGGCUUCCAAUUCGCCAACAGUUCAGAGACUGACACCACCCGGGUUCUGGUUGGAGGAGCCAAAUGUCCAAUCACAAGACUGACUGAUACAGAAAUGACCUGUCUGAUCGGGCAACCCAACAUCACAGUGGCUCCGGUUACUGUCUACAUCGCCGCACUUGGUUUGGCAAAGCACUCGGGCAACCAGACAUUCACUUUCACCUAUGAGCUGGAGGUUGCUGGCAUUUUUCCUUCCAUGGGCAGUGUUGAAGGUGGGACCAUCCUGACGAUAUCCGGCUCCGGUUUCACUCCCGGUGCAACAAUUUUAGUCGGAAAGAAGCCCUGCCAUCUCCUCACACUGAGCCCCAGUGAGAUGACCUGCAGUACACCGGCUGCAGCGGCUGGAGUGGCCAACGUCUCUGUGUUCACUAAUGAAAUGCGUUGCACAUUGCCCUUCAAUUUCACUUACACAGAAGAGAAAAUGCCAGUAAUCUUGAAAAUAACUCCCACAGCAAGCAAUGUGGCAGGUGGUUCUAGUCUGACGAUCCAUGGGUCGAACUUUGGCAAUCAAUCUGGAGCCAGUCGUGUAUUCAUUGGGAACUCUGAGUGUCCGAUCCUCCAGUGGUGGCCUAACAACAUCACCUGUCAGCUGCCCAGCCUGCCCCCCGGAGCGUACCCCAUACAGACACGUGCCCCUAACAGUAGCACUGCAAAUGUUUCGAUUGAGUACAUCCUGCGUGUAACAGGAAUGACACCCCGGCUGGGUUCGCUGUAUGGGGGCACAGCAAUCACUAUCUCUGGGGCUGGUUUCAGUACCACCCCAGAAGGUAACACUGUCCAGCUUGGCUCCGUUCAAUGUCCCGUUUCCUUUGCUUCACCCAAUGUGAUUGAGUGUGCUCUUGGUUCAACUGGAAGAAGUUUCUUGGUCACCAACAAUGGCAGCCAUCCAACCCUAGGAGUUGGGUACAGCUGGAAUCCAUCAGUGCUCAAAAUCCUCGUAGGAGACACAAUCCACUGGCGGUGGGAGGCCCCACCUCUUGUCCAGGGCUUGAGCUACCGAGUCUUCAGUGUCUCCAGGUCCAGUGAUGUGAAUUAUAAAGGCAGGGGGUUUAUCAGUGGAAAUACCGGCACUCCAGCAGGCUUUUUCUCCCACCGCUUCACCUCCCCUGGCUCAUUUUUCUACAGCAGUGGUUACAUCGACCAGAACAGUAAGAUCUUCCUACAAGGCAUAGUGCAUGUGAGGGCAGCGGAAGAGAACUCCUUAAACCUGCGCGUUUCUGUGGCUGGGAUUGAGGCAGAAUAUCUAUCUGGACACUUGGAGACGGCGCAGUCACAACAGGAACAUGGUGGUAACUGUACAGCAGCCAAGCCCACCUGUCCCCAGAUCAGCAACAGCACUUCGGACAGCAGUAACUUCACAUUCCUUUUGUCUCCCUGCUACUCCCCCACCAUCAACAGCAUCAUGCCAUCUAAUGGCACUAUAUACGACAAGCUCACCAUCGUGGGCACUGGAUUCAGCAACGUCACCUGUGCUAAUAAGGUGAGAGUUGGGCAGCACCCUUGCAUCAUUGAACACAGCACAGAGUGGGAGAUUGUAUGCCAUGUGGAUGUGGAGGGAGAGAUGGAAGUUGGGGUGGCCGCUCUGGUGUCCGUGAAUGUCCACAAUCAUGGCUCUGCCAUCUCCACGCCAUCUGACGAAUUCAGCCGCCACUUUGUGCUGCUCCCUCACCUGGACAGGGUAACCCCCAGCCUGGGCUCUACCACAGGACGGACCAGGGUCACCCUCACCGGCGCAGGCUUUGGAAAGUCCUCCAGUACCAUCCAGGUGCAGCUGGCGUCAGUGCCCUGCACAGUUGUAUCUGUGAAUUACACUCAUAUCUGCUGUGAUUCAUCCGCCUCCAUUGCCUCCAGUGGGACUGUCAGCAUUUGGGUACGAGGUCUCUUGGCCACGUGUACUGGCUCCUGUAACUUCACCUACACUAAGAGCAUCACACCAAGCGUACUGACUGUCUCCCCAGAUGUCCUGGACACUGUCUACACUGAUGUGACUAUAAGUGGCCGAGGAUUUGGCAGCCAAGUCGAGAUGGUUCUUAUUUUAGUUGGCACUGCCAGCUAUAGACCUGCUGAAGUUUCAGACAGCAGCUUGAACACUACUGUGGGACCCCUACCUGUUGGUUCACACUCCCUCAGGGUCUUGAUCUUGGACAAGGGUUUAUCUGCUGAGAGUCUGUGGCUCACCAGUGCUGCCACAGCUUCUCUGCUCCCAGCCUCGGGAGGCAUUAACGGAGGCGCCACAUUGUCCAUCACGGGGAACGGUUUUGUCCUUGGUGCUACUACUGUGACAGUCGAUGGCUCCACUUGCCACAUUCUCACCAUCACCCCGGGAGAAGUCACGUGUGUCUCUCCAGCCUGUGGCCCAGGCACCGUCCAAGUAAAGGUUACAGUUUAUUCCAUGGUGUACCCACUCCUGACCUUCACCUGCAACCAAACAGAGACGCCCACUAUUCUCACUGUCUCUCCAACCAGUGGUGUAAGUGGAACAACACUCACCAUUCUUGGGCAAAGCUUGGGAUCUGGUGUCUCUGAGGUCAUGGUGUCAAUCGAUGGCGUCUUGUGCAAUGUGACCAUGGCUAACGAGAGCUGUGUGGAGUGCACUGUAGGACAUCACGCUGGGGGCAACUUCCCAAUCCUGCUGGAACAUGUCAGGAGAGGAUACGCAAACUCUGGCUUCUCAUUUCAGUACCAGCUCAACAUAACUUCUGUCUCUCCAGCUGAAGGCAGCUUUGGUGGUGGCCUGGUCCUGAUGGUGAAGGGCACUGGAUUUGACAUGCAGAAAUCGCGAGUGUUUGUGUGCGAUGGUGAAUGCAGAGUGGAGUCAGCGACCUCCAGUUCCAGCAGCCUGCACUGCCACCUGCCUCUCAAUAAUGGGACUGGGCCUCAGCAGGAGUGCAACGUGACCGUUGUAAACGGUGAAGAUUCAAUCCAGCUGCCCAACGCCUUCACCUACACGUCAGCUUUGACCCCUGUGGUGAUCGCCGUUGAGCCCAGGCGAGGAGGAACAGCAGGAGGCACCAAACUGACCAUCACAGGAUCGGGCUUCAGCACGAAUGAGACUUCUGUCACUGUGGCUGAAGCUGUCUGUGAGAUCCGGUCUGUGAAUGAAACCAACAUUGUUUGCAUCACUGGUGCACAAUCACCCUCUCAGAAGACCAAGGUCAAGGUCAACGUAAAGGGAAAUGGCAUCGCCAAACUGGACUUUGCAGAUUACUACUAUGUCGAUGUGUGGUCAUCACGGUACACAUGGGGAGGUCAGUCACCCCCUGAGAAGGGCUCUCUGGUGGUCAUCACCAAGGGCCAAACCAUCCUGUUGGACCAAAGCACGCCCGUGCUAAAGAUGCUGCUUAUUCAAGGUGGUUCUCUCAUCUUCGAUGAGGUCGACAUUGAACUCCAGGCGGAGAACAUUCUGAUCACAGAUGGCGGUCUACUCCAGGUGGGAACCAAUUCCACUCCUUUCCAACACAAAGCCACCAUCACCCUUCACGGCCACCUGCGCUCCAGGGAACUGCCCCUGUACGGAUCCAAGACUCUGGCAGUUCGAGAGGGCACACUGGAGCUCCACGGUCGGCCAAUCCCUAUAACGUGGACUCACCUGGCUGAGACAGCAGAGGCAGGCACAUCAACAAUAACACUCCAGAAAGCUGUGAGCUGGAAGGCAGGGGACCAAAUUGUCAUUGCAACAACUGGAGACAGGCACAGCCAGGGCGAGAGUGAGCAGAGAACGAUCGGGAACGUGUCAGUGGAUGGGAGGACACUGUACCUGACGGAGGGGCUGACAUACAGGCACCUGGGCACAGUGCUGCCCCUCCCUGGGACUGUGCUGGAGGCUCGGGCUGAGGUGGGGCUGCUGACUCGUAACGUGGUGGUGAGAGGCUCCAACAACGUGGAGUGGAAUGACCGCAUCGAGCGGUGUCCGGAAGGGUUUGACACUGGUGAGUUCACCACCCAGACCUGCUUCCAGGGGCGGCUGGGAGAGGAAAUCGGAAGCGAUGAGUAUGGAGGCUGCAUCAUGUUCCACUCUCCACGUCCUGACCAGGGGCUGGUGCAGGGCCGGAUAGAAUAUGUUGAGGUGUACCAUGCUGGACAGGCGUUCCGCCUGGGCCGUUACCCCGUCCACUGGCACCUAUUGGGGGAUCUGUCCUUCGGCUCGUACAUGCGAGGCUGCUCGAUCCACCGGACCUUUAACCGCGCCGUCACCAUCCAUGGCACGCACCGGCUGCUGGUGGAGGACACCGUGGCCUUCAACGUGAGGGGAGGGGCCUUCUUCCUGGAGGAUGGAGUGGAGCGGGACAACGUGCUGCGGCACAACCUAGCCGUGCAGGUGCGCCAGAGCACCAGCCUGCUGAACGACGACCUCACCCCGGCCGCCUUCUGGGUGACCCACCCCAGCAACACCCUGCAGGGCAACUCCGCGGUGGGCGGCACCCACUUCGGCUUCUGGUACCGGCUACUGGAACACCCAGAGGGGGCGUCGUGGGACCAGAGCCUGUGCCCACGUAGCCUCCCCCUCGGGCUGUUCCUCAACAACUCAGUGCACUCCCAGGGCUGGUACGGCCUCUGGAUAUUCCCUGCCUAUCACCCAAACAGGGAGGGAAGGUGCCAGGGGGGGAGCGUCCAGCCUGCGGCCUUCUACUCCCUCACCGUCUGGAACUGCAGAAAGGGGGCCGAGUGGACAGAGGGAGGGGCCCUCCAGUUCCAUGACUUCCUGCUGGUCAACAACGAGGAGGCGGGGGUGGAUAUCCGCCGGGUGCUGAGGGCCUACAUUGGCGGUUGGGGCCUGGCCGCGGGGGCCCUGCUCAGCAACCUCACUGUGGUGGGUCAUGCCCAGGGUCUGGGUCCCCAGCUCUGCACGAGCACUGGCCUGCUCCUACCCCUGGACGAGGGGCUGACCGUGGACGGGCUCCGCUUGGUGAACUUCGACCGGCCUGGCUGCGUGGCUCUGGGGCUGGCAUCGAUCACCGGGAGCUGUCAACAAGGCUGCGGUGGCUGGAGUGUCAGGUUCAGUCGGGUCCACUACUUCAAUGUCUCCAACAAGGCCGCCUUCCACUUGGAACAUGAGAUUGUGCUGCACGACAUCGAUGGCUCCCUUGCAGGUGGUGCUGGGUACAAGGUGGUUCCUUACAGUGGGAUAUUGGACCCUGCGCAGUGCCAGCAGUCAGAAGAAUGGAGCCAGCGAAUCCCGGGUGUUGUGUGUGACUCCACUGUCAGCUUUCAUCGUGUCUCUGUCCACAGCCCCUCUCCAUCUGCCCUGCAGGGGCGUCAGCUCAUCCUGUCCAACACUUACGGAAGCAGCAGUCUUUCCAAUUGGUAUGAAAGGCUAAACCACGGACCAGGCUGGAUGGCACUCAUACCCAACAAUCAGACUGUUAAUUGGCAUUUCAAGGAUGUGGAUCACAUCACGGAGAUCUCCUACAGAGCCACCUUUUAUCAUUUCACGGACAGCGACCACAUUGUGGUAUCCCAUAACCUGACCCAGCACCCCGACCACGUCCAGGUGACAGAUCUACAACAGAAUGCCUCCCUCCAACCCCUGGGGUGGGCCCACAACCGGAAUGGUGACUGGUACUUUGAUUCAGACAACAGGACCUUGUACUACCUGGUUUCAGGGAAAGGUGCCCCUCCUUAUCCAGGUUUGGACCCGACCAUGGUCAACAUAAACAUUCACCUCCGUGUCUUCCGCUGCUUCUACCAGAACUGUGCAUCUCCUCCUCAGUCCACUCUGCCGACCUUCGUCAGCUCAGCUUCCCGAUACAGUCUGUGGUCGAACUCCUCCUUCUGGGAAUCCUCUCCAGAAAACAACUUCACAGUUCCCAGAGAAGGUGACAGUGUGGUCAUAGCCCAAGGGGUCUGGCUUCUGGUUGACAUAAAGAUUCCAUCACUCUUCAAACUUACCAUCUAUGGCAUCUUGGAAGUUCAGGAUGAGAAUGCAACAUCGGACCACAAUUCCUCACCCUACAUGAGCAUUGUCCUCAAUGCUACCUACAUCUCAGUCCAGGGAGGCAGGCUCAUAGCAGGAACACCGGAGAAACCGUUCAGAGGAGAGCUCCUGAUCGUUCUGCGAGGAGACCACCUGACCCCGGACUGGCCUUUACCAAAUGGCCCUAAUCAGGGGGCCAAGGUGCUGGGUGUGUUCGGAGGACUGGAUCUCCACGGGAUUCCUCACCAGCACUACAGGACCAAGCUGAGGAAGACAGCACAGGCCGGUUCCCUCAACCUAACCUUGGCAGCAGCCGUCGACUGGCAGGAGGGCGAUGAAAUCCUGGUGACGAGCACCAGCUACGAUUCCCAGCAGACGGAAUCUCGGAGCAUCCGUUCCAUCUCACACGACAGGAUGUCUCUGCUCCUGGACCGGCCACUCUCCUUCAUGCACGUGGUGGACACACAGGAAGUGAAGGGAAGAGACUGGUGCUACAGCCUGGCAGCAGAUGUUGCUCUCCUCAGCAGAAACAUAAAGAUCCUGGGCCAUGACUCCCUGGGCUGGCAGGAGCAGAUGUUCGGAGCCCGCGUGCUCAUCAGUUCCUUCUUCUACAAUGACCUGGAGAUCAAAGGUUAUGCCAGGAUAAAGGAUGUUGAAUUCUACCACAGUGGACAGAUGGGAUACUGGGAUUACUUCGAUCCACGUUACUCUGUGGCAUUUCUCAAUCUCGGCCAGAUUCAAGGGAAUAGCUCGUAUAUACAAGGUUGUGCUAUUCACAAUGGAUUUGCCCCUGCCAUUGGAGUCUUUGGAACGAAUGGCCUCAAUAUCGAUGACAAUAUCAUUUACAGCACCAUGGGAGAAGGUAUCAAAGUGUGGGGGAGCCGGAACCGAGUGAGGAGGAACCUGGUGGUCCUCAGCAAGUCGACAGCAAUUCCCUACUCCUGGACAGCAGCUAUCGAAGUGAAUAAAGAUUCUGAGGUUGUGCUACAGGAGAACAUCAUUGUCGGCUUUGAGCAGAUCGGUUACCGCAUUAAUGGAGAGCCAUGCCCUGGACAACCAAACCCUGCUGAACCUUGGGCCAAUAACGAGGUCCGUGGAGGACAGAUUGGUGUUUACAUGAAUGGAGAUGGAUUCCCCAAAUGCUCCCUUAUCCAAGGUUUCAUAGUCUGGAAAUGCCAGGACGUUGGCAUCUACUUCCAGGUAAAAGGUUCUGUGCAAGUCUCUAAUGUGACCCUGGUGGACAACGGACUGGGUAUUUUUCCAAUGAUUUAUGGACCUCCCGCACUCUCACAUCAGAUAUCCAAUAAAACUGUUCGUGUUACUAAUGCCUUGAUUGUUGGUGUUAGCCCUGGCUUCAAUUGCUCAGAUACUCUGCAAAACAAUUCUGAUUCAACCAAUGCAAGGAACAAAUGGAGUUCCAGGCAGCCUUGGGGAAGGAGCGGGAUCUGUUGGCCAACAUUUGCCUCAGGGAGCAACUUUGCACCUAGACACCAGCAUUCUGUGCUGAUCAGCUACCCAGCCAUUAGUGGGCUGAUGAUGGUGCAGAACACAACGUUUGUGGGAUUCUGGGGUGUGUGUUCCAAGGAGCUGAACGUCAUGCUUAUCAGUAACCCUAACAAUGAGGACAUGCAACACCCUGUGCUGAUGGAGAGGAUCACCAUCGACCAGAGUGAGGAGCGAGGGAAGGUCUUCAUACACAGGCCUGAUGUCACUAAGGUAAACCCCAGUGACUGUGUGGACAUGGACUGUGAUGGCAAGAAGAAAGCCCUACUGAAAGACCUGGAUGGCUCAUUCCUGGGGGCAGUUGGAGCUGUCAUCCCACAGUCGGAGUAUGAGUGGAAUGGAGACAAUCGCCGUGGCCUCGGCGAUUACCGGAUCCCAAAAGUUCUGCUGACGUAUUUGAAUGGGAGCCGUAUUCCUGUAUCCCAAGUGGCGCCACACAAAGGGAUUAUCAGAGAUUCCACAUGUACCUACAUGCCUGACUGGCAAAGUUACAAGUGCUUUGGGCUGAACUAUGAGUUGUUGAUUAUUGAGAGCCUAGACUCCGAUACUGAAACCAGGAGACUAUCCCCGGUGGCUCUGCUCUGUGAUGGCUACUUGGACCUCAUCAACGGACCCCAGGACCAUGGUUGGUGCUCUGGAUAUACGUGCCAUAAGAGGAUUUCACUCUUCUACGGGGUUGUGGCCACCAACAAGUCAUGUGACGUUUACUUCACCAGCACCAGUCCGCAGAGUCUGCGUCUGCUGAUGCCCAUCGCUAAUGCCAGCAGGAGCCUUCGCUUGGCGAUCUAUUACUCAUCACCACAACGACUGGAUGUGUACGUCAAUGGCACCCUUGUUCCUCCAACCAAUGCAGAAUGGAACAGUGCACACACAGACUACACCCUGAGGGCACCCACCUACCCAGAAGAAUUUGUUCCCAAGUUAAAAUCCACAGUCCAUGGAGCAAACUAUUUUGACAGAACAUACCAGAUGCUGAAUGUUUUACUGAGGGGUUCGAUUCCAGUUGAGAUCCACACAGCCCCCACACUCUUCAUUUCCUUUAGUUUGCCCUCAAUGACAGUGGAUGAGUUCUACGGUCCAGACCUAGCAAACAACCUCGCCCUGUUCCUGGAUGUGCCGGCAAGUAAAAUCCGCAUCACUAAGAUUGUGCGGGAGGAUGCGUUGCUCAGGAGGCGAGCUAGAUCGAUCACAGUGGAAGUGGAGAUCGGAGACCCUCCGUAUGGGCAGUUAUCAUCAAAGAGCACCUCUGCAGGUACACUGAAGUACUCUGACUUGAAGGAAAUCGCCAACAACCUCGGUGAUGCCAUGUUAACUGGAAACCUGAAUGCUUCCUUGGGCUUUGAGGUCUCGGGCUUGGGUAUCUCUGGCCCUUUUCCAACUCCAGAUGAUCCAGAGUGGUCCCAGGUGGCCGCACAACCUGUGCAGAGAGAAGAAGUGAGUAAGAACCACGUGGCCCCUGUGGCAGGUCUAGUCGUGGUGACUGAACCAAUAGCUGGAGACCCCGGGCAAGUGCUCAGUCGGCAACCCAGUCUUGUGGCAGUGGACUCUGAUGGGAACUGUGUGUCAGUGGGAGUUACCUCGUGGGAGCUGGUCGCUGUGCUGGUGAAUUCCCAGGGUGUGCCAGUCCCAGGUCUCAAUGGAACAACCAGGAUCUUGUUCAAGGGUUGUUGGGCUAUAUUCACUGAUCUCUCCAUCAGCAUCAAUGGCACCAACUACAGACUACGGUUCCAGUUGAUGUCGUUGGAGGCCCAGUCCCACAAGUUUUCAGUUGGCUCGGAACACAAAUCUCCAGAAGAUCCUGAUUCCGACUCUAGCCCCAGUCUCAACUCAAGAAGCGGGAUAAUUGCUGGCGCCAUAUUGGGAGGUCUCCUGCUCAUCAGCAUCGUUGUGGCUGUGACCUGGAAAAUGGCAGCCAACAGAUCAAAGGUUGCCUCGUUUUCAGGAAAAUGGGCAGAGCAGAGCAGUGGAGUCACAGCUGUUGCCAGAACCGCCCCCACUCUGCCCCCUGUGUACAGCUAACAGCUCACCGAUCUCUGAACGGUGGAAGUCGUUCUCAUUGCUGAGGUAGAGGUGACGGGUUUUGAAUUUGGAUAGAACCCAGACCGAAUGAGCAACUGUGCUGAAUGAAGAUGCGGCCUGACAAUGAUUUUUAAUGUGAUUUUCCUUGAAUGCAAAAUCUUAAAUGAUGAUUAAAUCUUCCCUCAGUUCUGGAUUACAUUUCAACUGGUAAUGUUCUAUAUGUUGAGUACACUGGUCAGAUGAUGUGAAUUUGAGAUAUUUCUAGACAAUGUGCCACAGUAAUAUUAAUGCAGAUUUAUUGAAUGCUCUGGCAAAGAGGCUACAUACAUGGUCUUCCUGAUAUUUUAACCUCUGUAUUAAUUACUCCUGUAAUACUUCUCCCUGUGUUCCAUAAUAUCCACUCUUUUCUCAAAGACUUUAAAAUCCUUCCUAAUCUAAUCCCAUUCUCUUCUCACCCCGUACAACUUCACAGAGCUGCUGAUGGUGCUGCCUGAUCACAUUACUUCGAUAAACUCUGCUUCAUCAAUCCAUUCCAGACUUCCCACUGACCCUUUACACAAACCCUAUUCUACUUUUGAGACCCUCACGUUGCUGUUGUCUUGUUCCCUGUACCGAGAGCCAGUAAUUAUUGAAUUCAAUGGAACCAAAGACUAUGGAGAUAUCUACCAGUUUACCAUUGCCCCAAGCCUGCUCAUGAUCCAGCACUUUGCCUAAUACCAACUGGUUAUGGUCUUCCAGACUUUUCCAACCUUCUAUAUCCUGCAAAGCAAGGCAAAACUGGUUCAAGUUCAUGGGAUCAUGCAGACCUGUUGAGAAUAACACACAAACGAAAGGUAAUUUAAGAAUUCAUUGUCAGUUUAAAGUAAACUAUCAUUAACUAUUUGAUACCAGAUAUGUUGGACACUUUUGAUUUAGAUUCAACCUUCACCCACUGCUCACAACUUCUGUGAAACACAAAUCCAAACCAAUUUGGUGCAUUUUAUGGCUCAAGACAAAUUAAAAUGCAUUCAUUUUAACUUCAUCCUGAGUGUAGUCCACAGUCCAAGAACUCACUUCCCAUACUUCUCAUCAUUUCAGACUUCAUUACUAGUAAUAACUAGCUAUUAAGUUAAAUUACAUUAAUUAUUAAAUCAAAUUAAUUGUAGUGCAAUAUAAUAUAUAUAUCGAUGUUCAAUGUCAUAGAAACAGCUCUGAUAAAUAAAUUUUCUUAAGAUUUUGAUGCUGUGUUGAAAUGGUUGCAAAGAUUGGAUGGAUGGGGAUACAGAUGUAGAAUCAAUGUAUUCAUAAAACCUCUCCCUGCAUUAGCCUGGCCUCGUUACUCUUCGUCAUCACUGUUCAAUGAUAAAUGUUGCAGAACAGCCAACCCUCCAGAGGGAGGAGAUGGUGUCCUUAUCAUCUCUGCUGAGCUAUCUUCAACACAAGCAAGCCCAGACUCUGAACACAUGUAGGGGUCUUCAGCAUCCAACCGUGCUGCACUCACUCUCAGCCUCACAGUGAUGGUAGAUUUCAAUCCCACCCCAGAGUGGAGGACAAAGAACAAGUGCCUUGACCUGAACCAGGACUCUGCAGUCUGAACAGGUCACAUAAGCUGUUGAACAGAAGAGACAAAUGGAGCAAAUUAAUUUUUCCCCUGUAAGCUGUGUCUUUAUUUGCCUAACCCAUCUCCUCACUUUGGUCAUGUCAUUAUAAAAAAGCACCAGUCUACAACAGUGAACUUGCAGACUAGAGAGCAGACAAACUUCCUUCAACGUUAAUAGUUGUCACCGCAAGCUGAGCUGCCAUUAGGCAGCUGUGUCCCUGAGGUUUCAAAGCCGGAACAAUAAUUGUGUCACGUCAGUUACCGAGCACGGGUAUCUGAGCUUGCAGACUCUUCACAAACCAACUACUCACUGUGAGACAGUGAGAGUGCUUCAUCCUCAGCAGUUUCGUAACAAUGAAUUGAUGUUCGGAGUCUGCAGAACAUCGCACAGACCACAGGAUGUUCAGCUGCACUUUGCACCCGAAGCAAUUUCCUUUUCAGUGUUGUUUUAUAACUGGUAGUCUUCACUUUUGAGAACAAGCCAACAAGAUUAAAACAAU